CUACUGUUGUAUUUCUGUGUAUUGCAGUUUGUUCUUCCCUCCGGAAAAUGUUAUUGUACAAAUGGAAUGUGCGAGACAAAGUCUCUCUCUCUGAAAACCGACACCAAACAUAAUUCUUUCCUUGAUGGAUAUGUGUUUGAGACUUUGAACGUAUCAAGCUGGAAAGAAUGUUUUUACGUGUGUGCAAGAAAAUGCGUGUGCCACUCCUUUAAUUUUAACGAGCUGAAAAAAACUGAAAAUUGUGAGUUGAGUGAUGGAACUUCAAAACUGGACCCGAACUCACUAAAGGAAAAGAAUGGGGUGACUUACUACGAAAUAGGGAGGUCAUACUUCGACCAAAAGGUAAACGUUAGUCAUAAGGAAGUUAGUUUGCCGAGAGGCGGAAAGCGUACAUUGUGAAAAGAUGGAUGAAUCGUAAGAAACAACUAGCUAUAGGGGCACGUACAAAUUGAGUUUCACAAAGAUUAAAUGUUGGGAUUAACAAUUCUAUCUUUUAUUUCUUAUCACAGAUUUUUAAUUACAUUAGUUGUCUUUUACUAAGAACUGACUUAAUUGGCAUUCGCUUCUAACAAGUAAAUAUGCAAGACCUGCUCAUGUUUUCAACUAGUAAGCUACCGGGUAUCCUUUUUGGCAUUCUGCUCGGUCGCUUAUGGAACGUUUGUCUGUGUGUGGAAUUUAUCUUGUAGGUUGGACUCGACAAAAGAGUUUUUGCGUUUGUUACCCCGUUGUUAUCGACAAUUUGUUUGGAAAAUAUAAUCCUGCACCCCUAUCUUGCUUUCCCACAAUAGUUUCUCGUAUUAAAUGUUACAAAUCCAAAAAUUCCUUUGAGAAAAUUUUAGAAUAGCAGAAUGUAAAGGUUUCAUUUGACUGGUCACACCAGAGCAGGAUUUGAUCCUCGGACUCAAAAGUGAGAAUUAUAUUAACAUUACAUGUCGCAUGAUUAAUUUUGCGAGACAAUGGGAAGACAAAUCUGACAAAGACCUUGUUUCUCUGUAGAGUGGUCUCCAUAAAAGCUGUUCUGAUCAAACUUGUCAUAACAAGUGCUGUGAGUCCAACCCCUGUCAACACGGAGGCACGUGUCAUGAAGUGUGUGACGUCACAAAGAGAAGAUUCAACUGUACAUGUCUACCAGCCUUUGGCGGACACCGGUGUCAAUUAUUUAAGCCACGCUCAUGUGCGCACGUCAUGAAAUUUUCAAAAUUGAAAACCAAUGGAAUCUACCACAUUAUGGACUACAACAACAUUUUGUUUCCAGUCUACUGCGACUUUGGUUCUGAGCCUGGCAUGGCAUGGACUCUGAUCCAGUCCCACUCCUUCCAAAACAAUGACGCGUUCAAAGAUAAACCAUUCUACCUGCAUGACAUGCCAAUCAAUCAACAUGUACCUGAAUGGAACAGCUAUCGUCUGUCAAUGUCCCGUAUAACAUCAAUCCAAAAGUUCUCCACCCACUGGCGAGCCACUUGUAAUUUUCCAACAGAUGGCGUGGACUACCGGGAUUACUGGAGGGUCUCCCUUACUAAUUUGGAUCUUCUUGUGAAGCUUCCAAUACCAAUCUCGUGUGUUUUCGCCGAGUUGAUCAAUGUCCGUGGAAAUAGCUGCACCAACUGCACAGUUGUGACCGGCUACGGUGAGGGAAUGUCUCUGCACAUGGACAGCUGGUUUAACUACUUAGAAGGCUGUGAAUUUGAUGGACAGCCUGGGGGAGUAGGUAACGAAGACAACUUUGGUCAUUACGCUUUUACUAACCCUGCUUUCCGCUGCACCUCCUCAGUGAAUUCGACUUCUCAGUUCUGGCUCGGAAGUUUUUAA